AUGGAGGAGACCGCGGCGGGCAGAGGGCAGCGGAGGCAGAGAGCGGCCCAGCCUCGCUCCUCGCGGGGCAGAGGCACCGCCGCCCGGCGCGGCUCGACCGCGCGGGAAGCAUCGGCCGACGAGCAUCCGGCGGACGAGGCUUCCCGCGCGGUCGUGCCUCGCCGUACGGCGCAGGGCGGAGAGCCCGCGGUGCUCCGAACGCUUUCGGCGCGGAGCAGGGCGGCGGGCGGGCCGCGGCUGCGGGAGGUGCUGUCGCAGCUCAGCCUGGGCCGGCAGGACGUGUCGGAGGCGUCGGGGCUGGUGAACCACGUCGUGUCACACCUGAUCCAGGCCGUCCGAGGGAGGGACGGCAGCUUCGGCUCCAUCGGGAGGCUGGGAGCCGGCAGCUACUAUGAGCGCGUCAAGAUAUCUGAACCCAAUGAGUUUGAUAUCAUGCUUGUAAUGCCUGUCACAAGAUUGCAACUACAUGAGUGUGAUGACACUGGAGCCUAUUAUUAUCUAACAUUCAAAAGAAAUCCAAAAGAGAAGUAUUUGAAUAGGUUUCUAGAUGAAGAUGGAAAAUUAUCAGCCUUUAAAAUGCUUGAAGAACUGAGACGAAUUAUUAAAGAGGAAGUAAAACACAUUAAAAAUGUGGAAGUAACUGUGAAAAGGAAAAAGCCUGGAAGCCCUGCAAUAACUCUACAGAUCAAAAAGCCUCCAGCAGAAAUAUCAUUGGACAUUAUCUUGGCUUUGGAAGUUCAGCAGAGCUGGCCUCCCAGCACACAGGAUGGCCUCAACAUAGAAUGCUGGCUGGGAAGAAAAGUCAGGAGAGAGUUCAGACAUAAACCAAUUUACUUAGUGGCCAAGCAAAACAAAAAAGAAAAGCUUCUAAGAGGAAACACCUGGCGACUCUCUUUCUCGCAUAUCGAGAAGGCCAUGCUGAACAACCAUGGCAGCAUAAAGACGUGCUGUGAAUCUGAUGGAGUGAAGUGUUGUCGGAAAGAUUGUCUCAAACUUCUGAAGUAUCUUCUAGAGCAACUCAAAAUGAAACACGCAAAAGAAUUGGACAAAUUCUGUUCAUAUCAUGUCAAAACUGCCUUUUUCCAUUCAUGCGUCACUUGGCCAAGUGACAUGGACUGGCAGUAUGAAAACCUGGAACACUGUUUUCAGAAAUAUCUGGAAUAUUUUCUGCGUUGUCUGCAAGAUUCUCAGCUGCCACACUUUUUUAUUCCCCAAUACAACUUGCUCAGCCUGGAUGAUAAAGCAAGCAAUGACUUCCUUUCAAGACAAAUAAACUAUCAGUUGAACAAUGGAUUCCCAGUAUUUCACCAGGUGUAGGUAUUGUAAAUACUUCUUUUUUACUAUCUGAAAGCAAGUAAAGUAGAUUUGCAUAUUUUAAAGCUUAAGUUUAGCACUUCAUAUUAUUUCUUAGUAGCUUGAUACUAUGGAGAAACAAAACAAAUCAAGAACACUAACAGAAAAUUGUGUUUCAGUUACAUUGCUUAGUCAUAUUCCUUAGGAGAACCAGGACAUUAGAAUUAAUAUUUGAUAGGAACAGUUAAAAAAGUAACCUGACUCUAAUGAGAAAAAUUCUAACAUAGAAUGAUGGUUAAAACAGAAAAGAAGGCACCUGCCAGCAUAAAAAUUCAGCAAGAGAACCAGGCCUGAGAACUCGGCCUUGUAACAGAGCCUAGGAACACAGACAUCCCUGAAGCAAGGCUGAAUACAUCAUACCAGUGCCAUCCUGAAGAUAUCAUUGGUACACAUAUAAAUUCAAUGUAUGUGUGUACACCUGUGUAUAUAUGCCUAUGUGUAUAUAGAUGCUCAUGCUACAUAAAUAUAUAUAUAUAUAAUAUGUAUAUUCUACAAGAAAUUGAGCUGCUCAAGUGUGUGCAGGAAAGAGCAAUGAAGCUGGUGAAGUGACUGGAAAUCAAAAUGUGAAGAUCCUGUUGGUCUCUACAACUACCUGAAAGGUGGCUGCAGUGAGGAAAGCAUGAAAGCCUAAACUGGGGGCCAGUUCAAUGCUUCUAUAAAUGAUCUGGAUACAGGAAUCGAAUGCCUACUAGGCAUAUGGAAUUAGGAGGAGCUGUUGACUUCCUUGGAGCAGAGACGUCAUACAGAAAUUUUGACAAAUUGGAGAGCUGAGCAAUCAUCAACUGCACGAAGUUCAACAACAGCAAGUGCAGGAUUCUGCACGUGAGAUGGAGUAAAGACUGGGGAACAACAGGCUGAAAAGCAGACCUAGAGAAAGGGAUCUGGAGGUUUUAGUUGAAUCUGACUCAGCAGGGUGUCCUUGCAGCCAAAAGAGCCAACUGGUGCAUCGGGCCUGGCACUGCCAGCCAGGAGAGGAAAGGGACGGCCCCACUGUGUGUUGGUGUGGCACGAGACACAUAGCAUAAAGACAGAACUAUUGGAGAACAUCCAAAGAGGGGCUUCAAAGGUGCCAAAAUGCCUGGAGAGCAAGGUGUACCAGGAGCAGCUGAGGUCCCUGGGUUUGCUCAGCCCAGAGCAGAGGAGCUGAGGGGAGGCCUGAUGGCAGCUGCAGCUCCUCACAGGGAGCAGAAGGGCAGUACUGAGCUCUGCUCCGUUUGACAGCAACGGGGCCUGAGGGAAUGACAAGGAGCUGCGUCAGGGGAGGGGCAGCUUGGGUCAGGGACAAGGUCUGCACCAGAGGUGGUCAGGCCCUGGAACAGCAUAGAAAAAUCCAGGUUGAAAAUACCUUCCCUGUGGACAGGCUCCCAAGGGAAAGCCUUUACAACCUGGAUUAUUCUAUGUUAUCUGAGCUAUGCUUAGGAUAAACUAUGGUAUGCAAGUAUAAUGUAUCAUGUCUGCUUGCUGUUACAGUCUUGGUAAGUUUGCAAUCAAGAAGUAUUUUCAUUGUCAUAAUAAUUAUAGUUAAGAUUGAGAUUAAUAAUCCUCAAAUCAUUUCUGCUGCUGUGUACUGAUUAUCCUACCUCAUAUUGCCUUUCUACUAUUUGCUGCUAUUAGUGGGUAUCUUUAGUGUUUGGUACAUAUAUACACAUAAACUCAUUUCCUGGUAAUAACUGUAACAGCUUUAAUACAUACUUAUUUGCCAUACCAAUUAGAGCGUUCCUGGUAGUAGUGAUCUGUGUUCUGCAAUAAACAGGAAUCCUUAGUAAACAA